CAACGAGACCGGAAACCGACCGAUCAAGCAAAGGCAACAACAACAAACAACCCAAACACACACACAAACUAACUCAAACCCCAAAACAUCACCAAGAUGUCAUACUCAGGCAGACGCUCUUCCUCAUCCCGCUACUCCUCCAGCGGCCGCAGCGGCACUUACUUCUCUUCCGGAGGCGGCGGCGGUACCUACUCCUCUUCCUCCGGCGGCGGCGGCGGCGGCGGCUCCUCCAGCAACGACUACAUCCCGACGGCUGGCUACGGCAGCGAAACCCCCACUUACACCGUGACCUCUGGCGGCAGCGGAGGGUCCUACUACACCUCUUCUACCUCCGGCCAGUCUGGCUACUCCGGCUCUGAGCCUCCGUCCUACUACUCCUCCUCCGGCUCCGGCGGCGGCGGUGCUCCUCCGUCUUACUACUCCUCUACCUCCGGCGGCGGUGGCGGUGGUGGUGGUGGUUACUCCGGCUACAUCCCUAACCCGAACAACUACGGCCCCGACACGCCCAGUUACACCGCGACUAGCGGCGGCGCCGGCCAUUCCUACUACUCUUCUUCUACGAGCGGCCAGUCUGGCUACUCGGGGUCUAAUCCUCCGUCUUACUACUCCUCCUCCGGCGGCGGCGGUGGUGGCUCUUCGUCUGGUGGUGGUAGCUCCGGGUACUCUGGUGGCUCUUCUUCGGGACGUGGUUCGUCCAGCUACUCGGGCGGUGGCGGUGGCUCGUCUAGCUACUCGGGCGGUGGCGGUUCGUCGUAUUACUCCAGCCGCUAAGUGGGGUGAUUGGUAGAC